AUGUGCUGCCAUGUGCUGCACAUAUCCAGCCAGGACUACUUGGGUGCUACGUCCAGCGACAUCACCCGCCACUUCCGCAAUGCGGACCCAGACCUCCAUCCCUUUGAGCGCGCCCGCGAGUACCAGCGCGCGCUGAAGGCAGUGAAGUUGGAAAAGAUCUUUGCCAAGCCGUUCGUGAAGGCGCUUGAAGGGCACACGGAUUCCGUCAAAUGCAUGGCGAUUGCCCGCCGCAUGGUUGGGUCCUCACCUGACUGGUGGAAUCAGACCGGGAGCUGCGACGGGGAACUUCGGCUCUGGGACAUGUCUGCGGCCUCAGCGAUGCCAGGAAUGCUCACGAACAUGUCGUUGCUUCUGAGGCAGUAUCUUCGCUGUGGGGCCUCUGUCUCCAAAGCCCACGAGGGCUUCGUGCGCGGCGUCACCCUGAGCCCUGAUGGACGAAAAGCUUUUUCGUGUGGCGAUGACAAGGCGGCCAAGAUGUGGAGCAUCAAGCCAAAGGCAUGUGUGAUCUCGGAGGAAGCAGAGGCGGUGUACAAUAUGGCCUACAUUCCGGGCGCCAUUGAUCACCACUGGCAGAAGCCUAUGUUUGUCACAGUUGGUGACACGGUCGAUGUUUGGGACUACAAUCGCUCCACGCCGCUCAGUUCCUUCGAGUGGGGCUGCGAGCGGGUCAUCACGGGCCGCUUCAACCCUGCUGAGCCCUGUCUGCUGGCGUCAACCGCCGUGGACAGGUCCAUCGGACUCUACGACCUGCGAGGGAACUCGGCGAUCCGCAAGGUUCUUCUGAAGCUUCGCUCCAAUGGAAUCUGCUGGAACCCAAUGCGGCCAAUGAGCUUCACGGUUGCGAAUGAGGAUUGCAGUUUGUAUUCCUUCGACAUGCGCAAGCUGUCGGCGGCAAUGUACAGACAUUGGGACCAUGUCAUGGCUGUUCUGGAUGUGGACUACGCACCAAACGGCCAAGAGUUCGUGUCCGCCAGCUAUGACAACACCGUCCGACUCUGGAACUGCAGCUCACAGCGCUCCAAGGAGGUUUACCACGGAAAGAGGAUGCAGCGAGUGCUUUGCUGCCACUUCACUCCGGACGGCAGGUUCGUGCUCUCUGGCUCAGAGGAUACGAACGUUCGUGUCUGGAAGGCCAAAGCUGAUCAAAAGCUUGGCGUGUCAACGCCUCGAGAGAAGCGGGCCGAGGCGUACAGAGAGACGCUGAAGCAGAAGUUUGCGCGGAUGCCAGAGAUUGCCCGCAUCAAGCGACACAGGCAUGUGCCCAAGAUGAUCAAGUCGAUCGGAAAUAAGCGGCGCAUCAUGCGGGAGGCGAAGCAGCGCAAGGAGACGAAUCGCAAGAAGCACUCGAAGCCCGGAACGGUGGUUCACGAACCCAUGAAGAAGCGACCGAUCAUCAAGGAGCUGGAGUGA